CGAUAUCUUCGAUCUGUGCUAUUGGUCCCGUUUGCCAUGUCAAAUCAGCAGUCUCAGGACGGCGUUGACGCUUCUCCGACAUCUACCUCUCUUCCGAUUCGCACCAUGGACCCCACUACUCAGGGAGGCGCUGCCCCUGCAACCGGGGAGCUCUCCAAAAAUGCCGCGAAAAAGGCUGCGAAACAGAAGAAACAAGCUGCCGACAAGGCGGAAAAGGCUGCUAAUAAAGGGAUUGGCAAGUCCGAAUCCAAGUCCUCGAACCCCAAGCAUCCCAAGAAAAAGAUCGACGGCGCUGCUCUCAUUGGAAUAGAUGUUGCGAAGGAGGAUGAUUUUGCAGCAUGGUACCAGCAAGUACUAUUGAAAGGAGAUAUGUUAGACUACUAUGAUGUAUCUGGCUGUUUUGUAUUAAAGCCCCAUUCAUUCUUUAUUUGGGAAGAGAUACAGAGCUGGUUCAAUGAUAAGAUUAAGAAGAUGGGCGUCAAAAACUGCUCGUUUCCGUUGUUCGUAUCCGAAGAUGUUUUGAAGAAGGAGAAGGACCAUAUAGAAGGAUUUGCAGCCGAGGUAGCCUGGGUUACACACGCUGGAAGUAGCGAAUUAGAGAAAAAGAUUGCCAUUCGUCCGACUUCAGAAACAGUUAUGUACCCAUACUACGCGAAAUGGAUUCGAAGUCACCGCGAUCUGCCGCUUAGACUAAACCAAUGGAACUCAGUUGUAAGAUGGGAGUUUAAGAACCCUCAACCUUUCUUACGCACGCGUGAAUUCUUGUGGCAGGAAGGCCAUACUGCGCAUUUGACCGAAGCAGCCGCCCGUGAGGAGGUUCUACAGAUUCUCCAGCACUACGCUCAUGUCUAUGAACAACUCCUGGCCAUUCCAGUCAUCCGAGGUCAAAAGACCGAUAAAGAAAAGUUCGCCGGCGGUCUCUACACUACGACUGUUGAGGGUUAUAUCCCCGCUACAGGUCGAGGCAUUCAAGGCGGUACCUCGCACGGUUUGGGACAGAAUUUUAGCAAAAUGUUUGGCAUAACUGUCGAGGACCCCACCUCGAAACCGGAUGAAAAGAAGCCACCACUUCAUGUCUGGCAGAACUCUUGGGGCCUCUCCACCCGUACCAUCGGUGUCAUGGUUAUGGUUCACAGUGAUAACCGCGGAUUAGUCCUUCCUCCGCGAGUGGCAGAUGUCCAGACCGUCAUUGUUCCUGUCGGGCUGACCGCAAAAACCCCUGACGACGUACGCGCGUCGAUCAACGCUGAAAUUGAUCACUUGGCCUCUGUUCUUGAAGCAGCCGGCAUUCGCGUGGAAAUUGACAAGCGUGAAGGCUACUCUCCAGGCUGGAAGUUCAAUGACUGGGAACUUAAAGGUAUCCCUCUCCGCCUUGAAUUCGGUCCUGGGGAAUCAUCGGGCGGUUUCGUAACCACCUCUCGUCGUGACAUUCCUGGAAAAGAAGGAAAAUCUACCAUUCCAAUCGCUGAGUUAGCUACGGCGGUACCGGCCCUCCUUGAAACCAUUCAGGCAGACCUCUAUGCCCGUGCUGACGCCGAAUUCCGCUCACAUAUUAAGCAUAUUACCAACUGGGCGGACUUCUGCCCGGCGCUCAAUGAUAAAAAUCUUUGCAUGAUUCCGCAUUGCUUGACAGAGCAAUGCGAAGAUGAAAUUAAAGAAAUGAGUGCUCGCAAGGCUGAAGAAGAAACGGGCGAAGCCGUUGACGCGAAACUGCCAAGUAUGGGUGCAAAGAGCUUGUGUAUUCCGUUUGAGCAGCCAGCUGGUAUCGAGAAGGGAGUCACAAAGUGUACAAACCCGAAGUGCACGCGAUUAGCAGAGCAAUGGUGUCUGUUUGGACGUUCAUAUUAAACAUAUCGAUGGCCAAUUUACAUCUCAAAUUCAAAAUACCUCCAAAGUAAGUUAGCAGAAUAAGGGCGAAAGCCCCCAAUUGCUGGAUUGCGAUAAUAUCACUCAUAGACUUCUCGCUCUGUCAUACCAUGCGGCUUCCCAUAUUUUUGGAUAAGAAGCGUUACAGUUCCUAGGUUGGCCCUCGUUUAUCGAAUAGAUCAAGGAACCUGCAGUUAGUGUGCAUGAGCCUGCUAUCUUGCUCGGUCCUUCCAAUGUCUAUAACCUACCUGAGCUGUUUAUACGAGGAACCUACGCCUAUAUUAGAGUAGUAAAGCUAGGCUUGAGAACGCAAUGCAACCCUAUUAUGGAG